CUGAUCGAAAUGGACCUUCAAAGGUAAAAGGUGAUCACAAUUAACUACUAAUUAGAUUUGAAUACACAAUAAAGUGAAAAAGAAACGAAAACAACAUCAAUCGAAAUGAGAACAUUAGUUUUACCGGUUAAUCAGAUUCCAAGUGUAUCGAUCUGUUUGUAUCCAAACAAUAUCUUUGGAUCUGUUCAAUUCCUAUUUAGAUCAUUUUGUUACUCAAUCUCUGUUUUCAUUUCUCUGGUUAAUGUUGAUUUAUUUUCUCUCCCAGUUACAGAAUUUAAUUAUCUCAAUUAGUUGCAAGUUUUUCUCUUCGAAUCUAAUGUUAUCUUUUAAUUUGGUUCUCUCUGCAUCUUUGGGUUACCCGAAAUUGACCUCAAGUGAUUCGGAUAAAUUGUGAUAUUAAUAAGAUGAAAUCGACUCUAAAUCAAUGUCACAACCUGAACCAAGGAAAUAAAAUAUUAUAAUCUAGGACAAGAGGGAGAGAAAGAAAGAAAGAAAAGAAAGAGGAAAAGGUUCAUAUUGCCAAUUUGAUUUGUUCUUUUCUAAGGUAAUUUGGAGGUGAUUGUUUUUUUCUCUAUUGAUUGGGCUUCGUUACCAUUAGAUGAGUGAUUAUGGAUCGGAUGUUGUUACUCGAAAUCGCCGUUGGCUUCCCUCUGAGCCCAAUCGACAUCCCAUGUCUCCCACCAUUCCAGUAGCUAAGCUUCGUCUUUACAGAGAAUUGGCUAAUUCUGGUCUAACCACUAAAUCGCUUUCUGAUUUACCACAUUCAUCUUCUCAUCAAUUUUAUUCAUCAUCUUUAUCAACCAAUUCACGAGCAAUUAAUCGACCCCAUUCAGUUUUAUCUUGUUCAUCCGUACCCACUCCAGCUCCAAUGGAUCGUGUGACCCUCUCGUACCCUGGUACUCCCACCAAAUCAAACGGGUAUCUCCAACAACAGCAUCAUCUUCAUCAGCAUUUAUCUGGAUCAGCGACUGGAAUUGGCUAUGGACGGCCGAGUUCAAUUAAUCUUCACCAUCCAUCCACUAAUCAAUAUUCACCUGACCCAUAUGUCCAGGGACAAACAUGGUCAUUGGGUUCACACCGACAAUCAGCUUAUCAGGAUCGCUAUUAUCCUGCUGGUACCAAUUAUCCAACCUCAUACAAUCCUCAUCUCGCUGCCACUGGAUCUUAUCAACGUGAUCUUAUUACAACAUCACCAUCAGCGUAUGCGCGUCGUAAUAAUGUCGCUAUUCCUGUUCAUUCAUCGUCAUCCGCUGCCGCGGCAGCAGCAGCGGCAUUAGCUACUCGAUCAUCAACUCUUCCAGGUUCUGCAGGCUAUUAUCGUCAACAUCAUCAUUCUGAUCACGAUUUAAGGUACAUUAGAGAUCCUCUUGCGGCUGGAUCAUCGUACGCAAGUGUCCCUGGCUAUGGGUCAACAGGAUACGUUCAAAGUCCAGCCGUUCAUCGAUCAUCAGGUUAUCAUCCUUCAGCGACUGCUGCAACUGCGACCAAUAGUUCAUACUAUUACCAACAAUAUCCACACCAUCAUUCCCGAAGUCGACACUAUCGAUCUGAAAGUGAUCUUGACACUCUAUCCAAUCUUUAUCAAACCUACCCCACUGGUAGUGGUGCCCACAGUUAUCAUCAACAAUCAGCAUCCAUGGGACCAUCAGUUCAUCCCCAACACCAACACCAACAGGCUUAUCCAACCUCUUCCUCCUACUAUGGCCAACACCAACACCAACAUGAUCCAUAUCAACAAUCACUUGAACAUUCACGUUAUGCUCAAUCAAAUCCAUACACGAUUUAUCCAGGUUAUGGUCAAUCAGCAGGAACAAUCAACUCAUCAACUGCCACAAAUCGUUACAAUCGAUCAGCAGAUCGCUACUAUUAACCGACUAAUACAAAUCGCUAAUCAAGAUGAAACAAAACAAUGACAUAACAAUAAUCAACAAAGGUGCUGUUCAAGGUGACCUUAUACAUAUUGUAAAUAGUCAGAGUAAAUUAGCUUAACCAACAAUUAACUAGAAUUGAUAUAUGAUAAGCAUUAGGACUUGAUAAUUAACAUUGAUGAUCAUUUAACAUUUGUCUCAUUCAAACCUAGAGGCUAAACAAUUAACCAGGAAAAAAAAAUCACAACUAUUAGUAUCUUACACAAUCAAAAUCCCAAUUUUAGCCAAUCAAUUGACUCACAAUUAAGCUUUAAUUAGUUAAAAUUGAAAACAAUUGUGAUAUUUAAACUUGUAAUUGAUAAAAAUGUCAAAUGAUUAACGGUUAACAAUUUAAAUUAGCAGGUAAAAGUUUAAUGUUUGAUGUGCUUAACCAAAAACAGUCUCAAAUUGAUACAACAAAAAAGGUUGAUUUAGCUAAUCAGUUUGACAAUUAGUUGAUUAUUAUAAAAUGUUUAAUUUUUGUGACUUAAUCAAAAACAGUUUGUUGUCUUUUUCCUUAAUCACUCCUUAAUCACAAUUAAGGUGUUGAUGUUAAAUUUUGAGCUUGAUUAAUGCAAUAACAAUCAAUACACUUACACAUACCAAUCAGAAAAUUACAGGAUAACUAAAUUAACUAAUUGUUAUCGAGUAACAAUUAGCUGAAUCUCAUGUUCACCAGCACAAUAUCAUGGAAAUUAAUCAACAUAAUUAAUUAAUCUCGCUAACAAUUAACUAAUUUUAACCCGUUUGCUCUUUCCAAUACCAAGAAAAAAACCUAACAGGAUUAACUUAUAAUUAACUUGUAAUUAAAUUAAAUCCUCUAGGAAAUUAACGCGGUGGCCUUUGUCAUACGCUUCCCUAUUUAAUUACAAUCAAUUAAUUGUUGAUUAACAAAGUAAUUAAUAAGGAAAAGAUGUUAAUUUAAUUCACAAUUCUAAUCAUAAUCAUAAUCAUCAUCAUCUUCAAAAGGAAAACUAUUAAAUUACCUUUUAAUUAUAUAAUUUUUUUGUUCUCCUGUUAAAUUAACACCAACAAUUUAAAUUGUGUAACUUUUAAUCAUCUUCUUUUGUUAAUUGUUAUCAUUAAUUGUAUUUUAAUUUGAUAAAUCAAUUAAGUUUUGUUGUACAAAAAUAAAUGAAUAAUUUUCAGUUAUUAUUAUAUUAAAGCUUCACCAAAAAGUAAAUGAAAAUAAAUUAACUUGGAGGAAAAAUUUAAUUUCUCGACACAAUUAACUAAUUGUCACAGUGGAAUGGUUUGUCAUGGUAGACAAAUGAAAAACAAAAC